CGCGUUUGCAAGUUCACCGACUCGUGCAGAGCACAAGGUCCAGAGACACGACAGCCAACGACGCAGCGCCCGGCCGGACAUGUCGUACCCAACGCGAUCUCUAUCGACGCACAUGCGCGGCCCGAGCGCGUCGGCGUCGACCGCAUCUCAGUCGCCGGCGCUGGUGGCUCGCAUCGAGGAGAAGAGGGCCGAGCUGGAGCAUCUCAAGGAGCUCCGGGACCUGAGCGCGGCGGUGGCGACGCAGAUGGAGGCGCUAGAGCGAAAGGUUUCGACACUGUCGAACGGGACAGAGGCUAUUGCGACUGUCAUGGGCAACUGGCAUAACGUGCUGCGCGCCAUUAACAUGGCCUCAUCAAAACUUGCGAAGCCAUCUAGCGAUGCCGAGCGUGAACCAACGGACGAUCUGCCCCAGACGCUGGUCCGUAUCCCGACGGAGCAUGCGCCGACGCUUCAAGCCCAAGCCGAGGCGGCAGAGGCUGCGGCGACCGAGGAGGAGUCGGCGCCGGGCACAUGAUGAGAGACGGCUACAACAGAAAUUGGCUGAUUGAGGAAUCGGCGAGGGCGGUCUUGAUGAUUGAGCCUGAGGUGGUGGCCAAUAUCUAUGCAUACGCUGGCAAAGAGGCUUUCCCAGUGGCGGCGCUGCAGAUGUCGAGGCUGGAUGUCUCGCAAACCCCGCUGCUGAGCAGAGUGGCAAGCCAAGCCAAGCCAAGCCAAGCGGGCGCAUGAAGGAAGGGUUGGCGCCGAGGCAGUAGUAUCGGGCUGGUGCAUAAACGUGGGCUUCGAGGCACAACUCCGAACGCCUGGGAGCCGGCGCACCAGAUGCUGUUACUACCUACAGUACGUUAGUGCUGCACGUACAGCACUGGUAACUUAGUGUGCCGCCGUUGAUGACGGCGUGAGGGACAGAGAGUGCGGGGCGGCAACACGAGACGCGUCGAGGCGCGUUGCUACAGGCGGAAGCGCAGCCACUAAUACUCGUUUAGUAGGGUGGCCGAGCAGCAGCCGCACUGCACCGGUCAGAAAACAAAGAACAAGAACUUGGGCUUGAGUGAGACAUGUGGCGGCCGCGCCUGCGGGAAAAAGCCGUUGGGCAGUUGGUUGCACUGGAAGGUUUGCAGCGGCAGGGCCAAGGGGG